GUGCGUGACCAUACAAGCCCCAGUAAGGUUUGGUCAUGCGCUCGGUAGCUAUUUAAGCCACGAGAGGUGAAUAGGCUGACUCUUGGGGGGCUACAGUUCUGCAGACAGAGAGGAGCAGCAUGCACAGUCAGAGCAUGUGGAGAGAGGGUCUCUUGGUGCUGACCUUGUGCGCCACCUUAACUCUGGCCCAGUUCCCCCGGGAGUGUGUCACCGCUGAGGGGCUACGCAGUGGCCAGUGCUGCCCCUCCCCUACAGGGUCAGCAGGUGAUGAGUGUGGUUCCAGCACAGGAAGAGGGCAGUGUGUGUCCAUUGCAGCAGACAGUCGGCGCCAUGGACCCCAGUACCCUUAUUCAGGGCGUGAUGACAGAGAGAGGUGGCCCCUGCGAUUCUUCAAUCGCACUUGCCAGUGUAAUGGGAAUUUCACUGGUUACAACUGUGGUCGAUGCCGACAUGGACUGACGGGUCCAAACUGUGAUCAGAGGAUCUCUGUGGUAAGGAGGAAUAUCAUGCUGAUGACUGCAGCGGAGAAACAGGCAUUUGUGAAUGCUUUGGACCAAGCUAAGAGAACUGUUCAUCCUGAAAUUGUCAUCUGUACAAGAAGGUACCAGGAGGUGUUUGGGCCUGAUGGCAACACCCCCCAGUUUGACAAUGUGACUAUUUACAACUACUUUGUGUGGAGCCACUACUACUCAGUAAGCAAGACUUACCUGGGGCCAGGUCAAACCAGCUUUGGUGGGGUGGACUUCUCCCAUGAGGGUCCAGGAUUUGUCACCUGGCACCGUUUUCAUCUGCUGCAACUGGAGAGAGAUAUGCAGGACAUGCUGGGUGACCCCACCUUUGCCCUUCCCUACUGGAACUUUGCCAUCGGAGGCAGCGAAUGCGACAUCUGCACUGACGACUUGAUGGGAGCUCGAAGUAGCUUUGAUAUGAACUCCAUCAGCCCAAACUCUGUGUUCUCUGAGUGGAGGGUCAUCUGUGAGAGUGUAGAUGACUAUGAUACUCUGGGCACCAUCUGUAACAGUACGGAGAGCAGCCCAAUAAGAAGGAACCCAGCAGGAAAUGUGGCACGGCCCAUGGUGCAGAGGCUGCCAGAGCCCAAAGACGUGUUGGACUGUCUGCAGCUCAACACCUUUGACACUCCUCCUUACUAUUCAACCUCCUCUGAGAGUUUCAGGAACACCAUUGAAGGAUACAGCGCCCCCCAGGGGAUGUAUGACCCUGUAAUCCGCAGCCUCCACAACCUGGCCCACCUCUUCCUCAAUGGGACAGGGGGACAGACCCACCUCUCACCCAAUGACCCCAUCUUUGUACUGCUGCAUACCUUCACAGAUGCAGUCUUUGAUGAGUGGCUCCGCAGGCACCAACCGGGUGAAGUAGUGUACCCUGAGGAAAACGCUCCCAUUGGACACAACCGGAGGUUCAACAUGGUCCCGUUCUGGCCUCCUGUCACCAAUGCUGAGAUGUUUGUCUCUGCCCCAGAAAACCUGGGAUACUCCUAUGAAGUCCAGUGGCCGGCCCGUGCGUUCACCCUGUCUGAGAUCAUCACCAUAGCUAUUGUUGCUGCGGUGCUGGUUGUGGCGGUGGUGGGCGGUGUCAUCGCCUGUGCAGUGCGUGCCCAUUCGUACCGCUCUGCAGAGGCCUUGGAGCCUCUGCUGGGAGAAACAUUCCGACGCUACUCAGAAGACGACCGAAGGCUGGACAAAUCCCAAUCUGUUGUCUAAGUCGACGCCUUUAUAAAGAGGCCUCAAUAUUGUCAUGCAUUGCUUUUGCCUUUUUUUUUUUUUAUUAAUCUACUUCUUCUAAUAAAGUUGAACUGGUUUCGAACCCAGA